CGACUUCCAUCAGUUCAGAUAAUGACUCAGUGGAGUCAAGAGGGCCGUCCCGAGCUCUGCAGUGAUAUUUAAGCGCGCAAAACUAAUCCAAAAAGAAUUUCGCACCCACCAAAGAAAAGCAAACACCCCGCGAGAGUGCGCAAACAGCGAAGAGAUGGAUUUCACCUUUUGGGGCGUGAUGGCCGCCGCGGCCAUCGGCAUUGGUCUAAUCUAUCGCUACAUGACCCGGAACUAUUUCUACUUUGCGGACAAACCGAUACCGUUUUUGGAGCCGGUGUUCGCCAUCGGCAAUCUGGGACCGCUGUUGAUGAAGAAACGCGACAUUUUCGAGCACUUUCGAUGGCUGUACAAUCGCUUCCCGAACGAUAAAAUAUUUGGCAUGUUCAGCAUGUCGGACCCGGUGUUCAUGAUUCGUGAUCCGGCCAUGCUCAAACGAAUCGCCGUCAAGGAUUUCGACCACUUUGCGGACCACUCCGGACUGGGCGGCGAUACCGAGCUGGACAACCCGCACAUGUUGGUGCUGAACACACUGGUGGCGUUGCGUGGCAACAAGUGGCGCGACAUGCGAGCGACGCUCAGCCCGGCCUUUACCGGGAGCAAAAUGCGGCAAAUGUUUGCUUUGAUCGCCGAGUGCGGACAGCGGAUGGUGGAGUUCUACAAGGGAGCAGAAGAAGGUUCUCGCAUUGAGGUGGAGGCGAAGGAGAUGUUCUCACGAUUUACCAACGACGUCAUAGCGACGACGGCUUUCGGCAUCGAGGUGGACUCCUUCAGACAGCCGGAAAAUGAGAUAUUCUCGCUGGGCAAAGCAGUGAUGCAGCCAAGCGGAUUGCUGAAUACGCUGAAAGGAAUCGGCUACGUAUUAUUCCCGAAAUUGAUGGUUAAGAUGAAUGUGGAUUUCCUCAGCAAGAAGGAUGAUCAGUUCUUCCGAGGGACGAUCCAGGAAACGAUGCGUAUUCGACAGGAGAAGAGCAUUUUCCGACCGGAUAUGAUUGAAUUGCUUAUUCAAGCCAAGAAGGGCAACCUGAAGCACUCUGCUGAUAAGCAAUCGGAAGUAGAAGCCUUUUCCGCCGCAGAAGAGUCCCAAGUAGGUCGACGAAGUCAUGAUCGCACCUGGACCGACGAUGAGCUGAUCGCUCAGGCGUUGAUCUUCUUCUCGGCUGGGUUCGAAACGGUGUCGACGACCUUGUCGUUCGUCGCGUACGAACUUGCACGGAACGACGACGUUCAGUCCCGUUUGUACGAGGAAAUCCUGGAAACGAAUCGUUCCCUCGACGGGAAGAUUUUGUCCUACGAAGCUCUCCAAGCAAUGCCUUACAUGGACAUGGUGGUGUCCGAGACGAUGCGGUUGUGGCCGAUUGGAACGAUCGUCGAUCGCUUGUGCGUUAAGGACUACGUUUACGACGACGGCCAGGGAUGUCGCUUCACGAUCGAGAAGGGCCGAUCGGUGAUGGGGAGCGUGAUCGGGAUGCAUCACGAUCCGAAGUACUACCCACAGCCGGAAAAAUUCGACCCGGAGCGUUUCAGCGCUGAGAACCGAAGGAAUAUUAAUCCGGAUACGUAUCUGCCGUUUGGAAUUGGUCCGAGGAAUUGUAUUGGAUCUCGUUUUGCGCUGAUGGAGAUGAAAGCGGUUGUGUACUAUCUGCUGCUGAAUUUCAGCUUCGACGUGACGGAGAAAACACAAAUUCCCCUCAAAAUGCAAAAGUCUCCUUCGCGAUUCGUGUCGGAGAAGGGAAUUUGGAUUGCAUUGAAGCCAAGGGUGACGGUGGUUUAAGUCAUAGACCACGACAAUUAUUUGUAGACUCUUGAAUUUGUAUUAUAUGAUAAUAUAAAUAUAUUUUUUUACCAAAUUGA